AUGAUCACCAUUACAAUUGUCCGUCACGGCGAGUCGACUGAUAACCUGCGCUCGGUGUGGGCCGGAUGGGCCGACGCGCCCCUGUCCAACCACGGCAUGAACCAAGCCAAGGCUGUCGGCGCGUCAUUUGCCGACGUUGCGAUCGACGCGGUGUUUGCGUCUCCAUUGAAACGCGCCCACUGGACUGCCCAGCAGAUCCAGCUGCAGAACAAGUCGGAUCCUCCCACGACUGUUUCGGGGCUUCUGCGCGAACAGCAUUUCGGUGUUGCCGAGGGGCAUUAUUUCGCCGGCGACGAUGUCAAGUAUGUCCGCCAUCCUGGGCGUACGUUCAAGUUUCCUGAGGGCGAGACUUUGGGCGACGUGCGCGAUCGCGCUAAUCAGGCCAUCAAGGAGUUUGUCGAGGACGCACUGCGCGAGUCGUAUGGUUCCACGCCCGAGUCGAAGCAUCUCGUAUUUGUUGCCCACGGAAUCUUUAACUACGAGUUCCUUAGUGCUUUCCUAACCCGCAGGCCUGAGGGCAUUGACACGCACUGGGCGUACAAGGGAAUGACUAAUACGGGCUGGACGCGACUGCACGUUGGUUACGCUGGCGAGUCGACGGGCCUGCCGCUUGACUACGACAACCUCCCUAGUCUGCCGCCACUCACGGUCGAGAUCCUCGCGUCAGACGUCACUACCCACCUUGAGGGCGUGAACCGGCAACGCGGCGGAAUCGGGUCAGCCGGCUUUGACGAGAAGCAGCAGGAGAUCCGGGCGUUUUUCAGUGGCGCCCACGCGGCCGAGUAG